CGCGCGUCCUAGCUCGCAACAAGUGCGUACCUCAGUUCGGCGUCUCAACUUCUCCAGUCAACGCCGCUCACGACCCACAUACGGCAGGAUUGCAGCUACAAGAAGUUCGGAUCGUUUGUUCCAGCGAUAGCUUAACGCGGGAAAACGGUAGAUGUCAGCUCCAACUAGUAAAAUCUGGUGAAUCACCCGUUCUCUGAGGACAACGGAAUGUCGUCGCAAGUCAUUUCUACAGAAGGCUCCAAGAUGCAGAACGCGGUGGUGGUGCGUGGAGCCUGCAAGCAAUACGGUCGCGGCUCUCAGAGCCAUCCGGUGUUGGACAACCUCAACAUGACUGUAGCCGUCGGAUCCAUCUACGGCCUGCUGGGCGCCAGCGGCUGCGGCAAGACGACGCUGCUGAGCUGCAUCGUGGGCCGGCGGACCUUCAACUCCGGCGUGCUGCGGGUCCUCGGUUCAACGCCCGGGAGCGCCGGCAGCGGCGUGCCGGGUCCGCGUGUCGGAUACAUGCCACAGGAGAUAGCGCUGCCAGGGGAGCUGACGGUGGAUGAGGUGCUGUGGUACUUCGGGUGGAUCUUCUGCAUGGAGAACGACGCCAUCACUGAGCGGGCAGUCUUCCUGUCGCGGCUGCUGGAGCUGCCUCCAGGGGACCGACUCGUCAAAAACCUCAGCGGCGGGCAGCAACGGCGAGUGUCGUUCGCGGCGGCGCUGGUGCACAACCCAGAGCUGCUCAUCCUGGACGAGCCCACCGUCGGCCUGGACCCCCUCCUCCGGCAGAGUAUCUGGGAUCACCUGGUGGAGGUAACAGCCGCCAAGAAAGUGACCAUAAUUAUAACAACCCACUACAUCGAUGAGGCACGCCAGGCUCACAAAAUAGGGCUGAUGCGGCAGGGCCGGCUGCUGGCAGAGGCGCCACCCGACACACUGCUCACGCGCCACGGCUGCUCGACACUGGAGGACGUCUUCCUGCUGCUCAGCAUGCAGCAGGAGACCUCACGGGAAGUCCGGCAACUGGAAAAUGAUGUAAAUGACACAACCAGCAUUGACACUUAUAAUAUCGAUGGCUCCAAGGAAACAUUGGCAUUAGGCAGUACAACUGAACUUUUACAAGAACCAGUCAAGAACAAGAAGCCUCCUGCUAAGGCAUUGCGUUCAUCAAUUUUGAGAAUGAAGGCUCUCAUAUAUAAGAAUCUCUUACUUGUUCUUAGAAAUCCUGGGUGGGUGCUGUUUAUUGUGGUAUUUCCAGUCUUGCAGAUUUCACUCUUCUUCUUAGCUGUGGGGAGAGAUCCAAAAGGUUUAACAGUGGUUGUAGUGAAUGAGGAACUUGGUAAUUUAACGAGCUGUGAAAAAAUGGAACCUUGGACAGCUCAUAUGAAUGAUGAUUAUAUUUGUGAAUUAUCUCAUAUCAGCUGUCUGUUUGUACAGAGAAUUGACGACACUCUUGCAACAAAAAAAUAUUACCGGGACCUUGACAGUGCUUUGCAGCUAGUGAGAGAUGGGUCAGCUAUUGCAGUGUUAUAUUUUUCCCCAACUUUCAGCAAAGACUUGGAAACAAGGCAGUAUGUGGGAAGAUCAGCAUCAGAUGAGAUUCUCAACAGCAGUUCAGUGGCUGUCUACAUGGACAUGUCUGAUCGGAUAAAAGGUGUUCACUUUCAAGGAGAGCUCUAUUCUGUUUAUCAAGAAGUUGCCAAAGAUAUUGCUGGUAGAUGUGAAAUCAGUUACAGACAUGUUACGCUGCCCAUGCAUUUCAACAAGCCUGUACAUGGUUCCAAAGAUCUAACAUAUGCAGGAUAUCUUGCUCCUGGGAUUAUGUACUCGAUGAUUUAUUUCCUUGCUACAAUUCUGACGUGCACUGUCCUCAUCGCAGAACAGAUAGAAGGAGUCUGGGAUCGAAACCUGGUGUCAGGUGUGACAAUGUUGGAGGUACUGCUGUGUCAUCUGCUGUGCUACUCUUUCUGGAUGGCUCUUCAGCUGUUUGAGGUUCUGCUCAUGACAUUCCUAGUGUUUGAUCUCAAUUGUGAUGGAGACUAUGCAACAGUGUCAGCUCUGGCAUUCCUCCAAGGUCUCAGUGGAAUAUGUUAUGGUUUGGUGAUAACAGUUGUCUGCUCAGACCUCACAAUGGCAAACUAUGUAUCUAUGGGAAGCUAUUUCCCCUAUCUGAACCUCAGUGGAGUGCUAUGGCCCAAGGAAGCAAUGCCGACUGCUUUGCGCUGGUUUAGCAUGUGCCUGCCUGGUACACUACCCACAGAGUCUGCACGCUAUGUUCUGGAGCGAGGCUGGAGCUUCACGCAUCCUGCAGUUCUCUCUGGUUUCCUCAUCACCAUUGCAUGGAUCUUUGGCCAAUGUGCUUUCUGUGUUGGAUUCAUGACAAUGAAGAGGAAGCUGUAUUUGCAGUGAAGUUCUCUCAAUGCCACCAGUUUAUGAUCUGAAUCAGCAGUACUUUCACAGUACUCUUCACCCACUUAAACUGGAGUGGGACUUUGCCAGGCUCUGAGCACUGCACUGUUCUGUACCCUCUGAAGUGUAACAUAACUGGUGUGAUUGCUACUUUUGAUUCAUCAGGUUUUUAUGACAGAUGUGUAAGACUUAAAGCAGUCUGACUCAUAGAUGUUGCACUUUCUGAUGGAUUCAAUUAUGUAUACACAUGUUAUAAAAGACCCCAGAACCAUCAGUCUUGACACCUGUGCAGUUACUUCAAGAGAUUCAGACCAGCACUGAAUGUACAGUGAAGCACUUACUGUGAUACUCUUUACUUUUUUUGUGAAUGGAAGAACAGGUCCCUGUGCCAGGUGCCAGUUUGUCUGGGAUUUUUGUAUAGAAGCAUGUGAAAAACUAUAUUGUUCAAAAUGUUGUUAGACAUGAAACCCAUAAUGCCAGUAUUAAGUAAGCCAUGUGCUGUCAUUUAAUGAAAAAAGUUUAUAUUACACAUUUUUUGUCACAGCAAAGCAGAAACUACUGCAGCAUGACAUCAAGCUUUCCCUCUACUGCAGAUACAUACUGUCUAAUAGAUAAAAACUGUGUACCUAAGUGGGACUCAAACAGGACCCUUGACUCUUGUGACUGGCAGUUCUGAAAAAGCUGCUACAGUGUGUUUGAGCUCCAUCCACCAAAUUUUAUUAAGUUGCCAGAAAUGUUAUUGGAGUGCAUUGUAUUGUGCUAAGCGUAUUUUUAGUGACACAUUAUUUGUUAUGUGUAUGCAACAUGCACAAAAUUUGUUCACUACUACUGUAAUCCUGCAUCCAUAUGGUGCUACAUGCCCAUGAAAUACUAAGUAUCCUUAAUUCUUACUUCAUUUUUUGCCACUCAUUGUCCAUUCUGUAUCACAAAAUAAUGCUUUAAUGUUUAAUCUGCCAAAAGAAUCUAUGGUCCAGUUACAGCAAGUGUUAAGUUAGAAUUACUGAACAAUGCAUUAGCAGAACUUUUGUCACAAUAUAUUUGCAAAUGUCGCAGGCGACGUGUGUCCUUUCUGUGUGGCUGUUUGUAUGUGUUGGCUGUGUGAUUUUUGUGUUCUUGUAUGUUCAAUAUGAUAUGUUUAAAAAAAAAUUUGUUCAGUCAAAAGACUUUAUUUAUACCUAGAAUUUGUGCUUGCUGUUAUAUUUCACUUCUUUACAAGCUUGCAGAACAUAGACAGCUGGUUACAUUAAUAGAAAUGUGAAGUAAGUAUUUUCUUUGUAUAUUCAAAAGAUGAGAAGUUACUGCCAGAGUAAAAACCAGAACUGCAUUCUUUUUUUUAUGAUGCAUUUUGCAUCUUACGUUUUUCAAGUUCUUGAAGGCAUUUAAACAAGAAAUGUUAACUGAUACAGCAGUUUUUCAUCAUUUGAAUUUAAGUUUACAAUGUUUCAGGCUUUGGAGAAAAUAAUCUAUGAUUGACAAAAUUAAAUUACCCUCUUUGCACUGUCAGCAUAUUUGAAAAUUAAAAUUCUACAGAAAUGCAAGCUUUAUUGGUGCUCUGAUGUGAUGAAGUAUUCUCAGACUGUCACUGCCAUUUAAAGUACUACCUGUGGUACUAAUAUGAGCAGUAAGUUGAAAAGUCUUCAUCAGAUCAAAUUUUAAGUUAUUCACAACUUGUUUUUACAAAUUACAGAUUUGUAAACAGUAGAUGAAGUUAAGAUGUAACAUUUGUUUAAUAUAUCA